UAAAAGAAAAAAAUUGCCCCUCUCAGGUUCUGGUUCGUGCUAGACUGCUAGUGUUUUUGAUUACCAAAGCAGAAGCAGAAUAAUCGGAAUUGGAAACAUGGCAAUGCUCUACAAGAUAUCAUCACUAUCACUCUCACCCACACCCAUCCUCCUCAACCGCCUUCAAAACCUCACUUCCCUCUCUUCUUCUUCUUUUUCAACGGUCAACAGCCCCAUUCGUAGCAGCGCCACCUCAACAAAGAAGCAGAAGCAAAAAUCGGCGUUGGCCAAAGAGAAGAGAAGGACCCGUUCCGAUAAGGACUUCGACAUGGACGCUUUAAUGGACCGUUCUGAAUCUCGUCAUCAUUUUCCUGUUAUGCUCGCUGAAGUUUUGGACGUUUUCUCCAAUCGCUCGCUUACUUCCUUCGUCGAUUGCACCCUUGGCGCCGCCGGUCAUUCCUCCGCUGUGAUUAAUGGGCAUGCGGAGUUGAAGUAUUUUGUUGGGAUGGAUGUGGAUCCUGUGGCACAUAACAUGGCUCAAGCUCGAAUCAAUUCUGUAGUAGAAAAGCAAUUGGAUGGUGGUGUAAAAGUUUUUACGUUGCUAAGGAAUUUCAGACAUAUCAAGUCUGCUCUUAGGGAAACUGGCGACGAACGGUUGGUGGAUGGGAGCAUUGAUGGAAUCUUGAUGGACUUGGGCAUGUCAUCCAUGCAGGUGGACAAUCCCCAGAGAGGAUUCAGUGUGCUAGCUGAUGGCCCCCUUGAUAUGCGUAUGGAUCCACAGGCAAGUCUUAAAGCAGAGGAUAUAUUAAAUUCUUGGCCAGAAUCUGAAGUUGGGCGUGUCCUAAGGGAAUUUGGGGAAGAAAGUAAUUGGCGUAAUCUGCAAAAGAAGAUUGUUCAAGCCCGGUUAGAUGGUGGAUUGCAUUCCACUAGUGACUUGCUCAAUCUUAUUCGACGUGUGACUCCUGCAAUGAAAGGUGGAAGGCAAGGUUGGAUAAAGACAGCAACCCGGGUGUUUCAAGCUCUUCGAAUAGCUGUGAAUGAUGAACUGAAGACACUUGAGGAUUCCCUCUAUUCUUGUUUUGAUUGCCUCUCGCCGGGGGGUAGGCUUGCCGUGAUAUCUUUCCAUAGUCUAGAGGACAGAAUUGUGAAGCAGACAUUCCUUGAUAUAAUUAAAGGAAGCGAAUAUGAGAGCUGCGAUAAUAGUGAUUUGAGGAAGGUGAGUGAUGAGAUAAAAGAGAAAGAAGCAUGGAUAAAGCAUGUGAUAAAUGGAUCAAAUGGAAUAAUUCUCACAAAAAGACCAAUCACGCCCUCGGCCGAAGAAGAAAAAUUGAACCGCCGAAGUAGAAGUGCAAAGCUCAGGGUGAUUCAGAAGGUUUGAUUUUUCUUUUUUUGGAUUCUUUUAGAAAAUGAAAAUAUUGUAUGCAUAGACUUAUAGUUUGUUCUUCUUUUAUAGUCAUCUCUAGAAUAUAGUCACUGCUGUAUUCACAAAUUUCAUUAAGAAAAGAUUUAAAUUAUAAAUGCCUGCACCUUUAGCAAA